AUGGUGUUGCCAAUAUUACUUGGAAUUGGUAUCACAGGUAUUGCAUUAAUAACAAGAUCAGGCUUACGAGCGUGGUCCCUAUACAAGACAUUAUCGCCUGCUGCUAUUGCAAAAUUAAAUGGAAUCACCAUUAAAAGUAGCGGCAAAUUAUCUUAUGACAGUCGAUUCUUCAGUAAUCAUUUAAAUAGUGGCUUAAAAGUAAAACUGAAUGAGUAUCAAGGUGGAUUCUUCAAGAAAAUGUCCGAAUCUGAAGCAUUGUCGAUCUUAAACAUCACCUCUUCAGAAGUACCGCUUUUAAACGAAAGUUUGGUGAAAAGGAAACAUAGAGCAGCAAUGAUAAAAAACCAUCCCGAUAGAGGUGGAAGCCCAUACUUGGCCAUGAAGAUAAAUGAAGCUAGAGAUAUAAUUUUAUCAGGUUACAUGAUAAAGAAGUAG